AGUGAGCGUCGAGCGAAUUUUGCGAUCCCGCUUUCCUACCUGCUAUAUAAGUGUAAGCGUGCAACACUGGAACCGCGAGAGCAAUUGCUGCCGGCAGCGUAUAUGGUUGCACGUAGGAUUUUGACGGAAUUUACAGGAAACUGUCGGCAAUAAUAGCAGUUUGAAAACAAGAUGGGAGGUCUUGACGAUAGUCUACACCAGCCGCUCUCCGUUGUAGGAAGGCUCUACAUCUACGCCUUACACGGCUAUCUAGCUGAAGUUCUCUUUACUGCCACGUGGGAGUUUGUGGUGAACUUUAACUGGAAGUUUCCCGGCUGCACUAGUGUCUGGGCGCUGUUCAUCUACGGAGUAAACACGCUCGUCAUUGAACAGAUGUAUCUGCGGCUACAGGGUAAGCGUAACAUUCUCGUUCGUGGGCUUAUCUACACACUGUGGACCUACGCCUGGGAGUUUGGCAUUGGAUACCUGCUGAAAUACUUCGACGCCUGUCCGUGGGACUACACUCCUUUCGACGGAGACUUCAUGGGAUUGAUCACUUUGGAGUACGCACCGCUGUGGUUCGUCGGAAGUCUGCUCUCGGAGAAGUUUGUAAUCAGAUACACGACCCAGUUGCGCUGGCCCCAGUCCGCAUACAAAGAGACAUGGAGCAUCAAUGGACUAGUCAAGUCGAAAACUGCUUAGGUUUGCAGUCGAGUUAUUUCUUGGCCAGCAGAUGGUCAUAUCUGAAGGCAUUUACAUGUAAUAACAUCCUAAGAAGGCCUGCAAGAUAGAACACUAUGUGUUGUAUUUAGCAUACGUUUUUGUGGAAUGGAUUGCCGUGGCUGUGAAAUUCAUGUGCUAGCUUCCAUUCAAAACUAUAAAAUAGUAUGGAGUUCAACCUUUGCCGUCAACUUUUAUUCGUUCUCACUUAUGCACUUUGGUUAAAAGUUGACUAUUAUAUAAUAAUAAUUUUCAGGAGAUAAAUUAGAAAUAUGAUUCACGAAUGUACAAUCACUGUAUCACACUAUUCUAGGGGUCGAAAUAAGCGAUGGUCCGAUGGUCCGGGGCCAUCAAAUAAUCAGGAGGACCAUCAGAUUUUGAAAGUCAA